AUGGAUUCAAUGGAUUCGAAAACUGACCUUCGAAAGCCAGACUGGCUGGACGCGUUCAAACCCGCAACUUCGACGUCGAUCCUUAAAAUGGAGCCAGAUGAAAUGUCACCGCGAGAUAUUCUACUCCAAAUCCCACCAAGAGGCCAUGUUUCGAAGGCAAAGUCGGUUCCAAUGAUUGACCAGAAGACGUUCGAUCAGUUCCAAAAUCAAAUUCCGGGCUCGUUCCAACACCAGAACACGCAAUCCUUGGGUUCUAAUUUUCAUCGAUCAUAUCAACCUGGUAGUCCUCAUCUUCCACAAAAUUCUCAAGGAGCAUUCCAUGCAGAACGAAUGGUACUCGAAGGGUCAGUUGGAAGGCCAACAAAUCGAACACAUCAACAACCGCCCUACAUCAAGGAAGAAUCAGAUUGGAACAAGAGCGAAAAAUCUGGUCCGGAAGACGAUAGAGUCUGGGAAUUCAAAUCUCAGCUUGAAAGAAAUCCAUUUGCAUCCCAAGAGUUGAGGCAGGGUCCUAGUCCACUUAUUGCCGGGUUUCACCGCCCGGUAACAGCUCCCCCUCUACCCCUCCAUCCACCACCAAUCUUUUUGAGUACACCGCCAACAUCAACUUGCCCUGCAGCUUAUGCCGGAUUUCGACAUUUGAAUUUCCCUGCUGGUUUCAAUCCCCCAAAUUACAAUAUGGAUGGCGAGGUGUCGAAUCCUGAAUCUCUGAUUCCCAAUUUCAAGUUCGAGAAGGUGUUGAAUCAAGAUCAAGCAGGUCGACGCAUAAGCCUUUAUGGUUCCAUAAACUCGCAGCCAGGCAUUCUCAUUCUAGAACGCUCACCUUUCCCAUCAUCACAGGCAUACCUUUCGCACAUCCCUCGAAUACUAUCCUCAAUUCAGAACCUCGGCGCAAACGACAUUUACUUCUGGUAUCUCGCAUCGUCUAGACCUAACUCGAAUAAUUCGCAGGAUGGAAGUCGGGAAGCAGUUGGUGAUGAAGGAAUGCAGGAUUUGAAGGUCAAUCUUAUAUAUCCUUGUACUGCCCAGCAUAUCAAGAAAUACUCCAGUCAGGGCGCUAGAUUGGUUUGCGAGACGGCGGAAAUUUAUCGAUCGAAGGUCCGGCCGUAUAUGGAAAACAAAAGGGCUGAAGGUCGUCUGAAUUGGGUUUACAAUAUCAUCGAAGGUAAGACGGAGGUCGAGGAUGUGAUUUUCAGGACGCCUUUAGGUUCCGCUGGCGACGAGGGCUUCCUGUUGAUUCCGGAUCUGAAUUGGGAUCGGAAGACAAUACCAAGUCUGCAUUUGUUGGGAUUGGUGGAGCGAAGAGACAUCUGGAGUUUGAGAGAUUUGAAAAAGAAGCAUAUAAGGUGGUUGAACGAAAUGAGGGAGUUGCUGCUGGAUAGUACGGUAAACCAACGUACUACCAUUUCCACAUCCACAUCGUCCAUGUCGCACUGGAAGCUGGCGCAACUCAAGCCUCCGGAAAAGCAAUCGGAUUGGAAAGCAUCAUCGAAACCUUAG